CAAGACAGUCCAAUUUUUCGGUGUAUAUAAACCGAGUGCAGUGGCACAACGAUUCAGUCCCAGCUUGGAUCUCGUUACCCGUGCAGUACAGCGAAUCGUGGAGUAAUUGUUCCCCCGUGAGACGUCGAAUCAGCAGCUCAACAAUGCGAAUGUUCGUACUUCCUUGUCUCGCCGUGUGCGUGGCAUUGGCCCACUGUGGGGCUGUGGCUGGCGAGGAGGCCAACAAGGCCGAGGGCGAUACCAAGACCGUGGAGAAGCGGGGUCUCCACCUGGGCGACUAUCAUCACUACCAGCCCCAUCACGAGCACAUCAAGACGGUGACCAUUGAGAAGAAGGUACCAGUACCCUACACCGUCACCAAGCACGUUCCCUACACCGUCGAGAAGAAGAUCCCCUAUGAGGUGAAAGUGGAUGUGCCUCAGCCCUAUAUUGUGGAGAAGAAGGUACCUGUCCAUGUCAAGGAGUACGUGAAAGUACCCGUCCAUGUCCCCAAGCCCUAUGAGGUGAUCAAGAAGGUGCCCUAUGAGGUGAAGGUCCCGGUCGACAAGCCCUACGAAGUGAAAGUGCCCGUGCCCCAGCCCUAUGAGGUCAUCAAGAAGAUCCCCUAUGAGGUCAAGGUGCCAGUGCCCCAGCCCUACGAGGUGAUCAAGAAGGUGCCCGUGGAAGUGAAGGUCGAGGUUCCCGUGCCCAAGCCCUACGAAGUGAUCAAGAAGGUGCCCUAUGAAGUGAAGGUCGAGGUGGAGAAACCCUACAAUGUUGAAGUGCCCAAGCCCUAUGAUGUUGAGGUGGAGAAGCCCUACACCGUGUAUGUCGAGAAGAAGGUGCCCUACGAGGUGAAAGUGCCCGUCGAUAAGCCCUACAAGGUGGAGGUUGAGAAACCCUAUCCCGUCCAUGUAAAGGUGCCCGUGCCUCAGCCCUAUACCGUUGAGAAGAAGGUUCCCUACACCGUUGAGAAGCCCGUGCCCUAUGAGGUUAAGGUGCCCAUCGAGAAGCCCAUCCCCGUCUACUCGGAGGUGAAGGUGCCCAUUCACAAGGAGAUCCCAGUGCCAGAGAAGUACCACGUCGAGGUGCCCAUCUUCAAGCACCACGAACACCACCACGAGGAUCACCACGACCACCACCAUGGACACUACUAAGGAUCGCCAGGAUGAUGCCCAAAGCAAGAUCAAGCACAGAAAGCGAGCACAAGAAAAAGGAGGAAGUAAAAAUGAUGGUGAAGAAGGAGGAGAAGAACGAACAGGAAGGAGAAAGAGACGCAGCAAGCGACACACUAACAGCAAGUCCAUCUGUAUCUCUCAGAUGCAUCCACGCAGCAACGUUGAGCUGGACGUUGAACGGGUGACACGAGCGGGGGAAGAAGAUGAUGAAGAAAGGAUGUAAA